AAGGUACGACGAGCACCCCUGUCAAAGUAGAUUCAGCGUCAAAUCAUUGGAAUGAGUAUAACGGUUCGUGUAGAAACUAAAAAUAUGGCAAUGUAAACACAUUAUUUCUCUCAGUCGACUGAGUCAUUUGCUGUCAAAAAAUUGAGUGUAAGUAAACAUUACGAAAACAUUUGCAACUAAAAAAUGCAAACUAAAAUGGUCAUUUUGGUUUCGUCCUUAUUUAGGCGAAUGAAAAGAAAAAAGUUGUGUAAGAUUCAUAAAGGGGAUAAAUAGCUACUUUUCGCUCGCGGGUGUCAGGUCAAAACGAAAUGAUAAACAUGUCAUUGCACUCUUCCGAAAAGCUGUCUGUCACCAGUCGGUUAUCAUCAACAGUUUUCUGAAUCGCCAGUGGUAUAGCACAGUAUGUCAAAUAUCACACGACAGACGUUCUAGGAACAAUGGCUGCUCGAUGAUUGUUGUCGGACAAACAUCUUGAUUUAACAUUAGUCUUUCCAAUUAAAACCUUUCGAGACAACAUUUUGACACAUUCGGUGGAAACUGUGUCUGGUUAAAUGAGAAAAAAAAAGGUUGAAAACAUUGUCUACUCACCAAGAUAUCCAAAUCGAAUCUCAGCCAAAGCCGGUUUGGGGAAAACGAGUCUGCAAUGUCCCAUGUUUUGACUAAGUAGCGGCCAGCAGUUUCUGUGUUAGAGAUCACUAACAUUCGUAGCGCUGCUGUAGCGCCAUGUUUGUGCUAUAACUCGAAUUUUUGUUAACUCGAAAUGUGGCAUUCAACGAAACGGUAUCAUUUAUAAACUGUAAAAAGCAGUCAUUCUCAUAGAACUGGCGUGAAAGAACCCGAGUAAAUCUGGAGGUGAACUGGAGUAAAAGCUAGUAAAUCUCGAGGUGUUUUCGGCCUCAUUUCGUGAGAUUGCUCCGAAAGCCUCCGAAAAGUCACAUAGUACAGUGACUGGCCUAAGGCAGUAAGCACAAAAAUUGUGUCCACCAACACCCUUUAGAUUGCAAAUUUCAAACACAAUGAGGCCUAAGCACUACCGCCUCUCAUCAUUAAACCUGAGUACCCGCCCUCGGCUAUUACACUUCUCUAGGUUGACCUACAAUUUGUAUAGAGCAGCGUACACUGUUGAACCGCCCUUAAACUUUCUCUUGUAUUUUUCAGACCUCUUGCGCUAUGCAGCUGUCGGAGUAGCAGCUGGUACUGCCGCUGUGGUUGCUGCUCCACUGGUUCUUGGUGCUGCUGGUUUUGCUGGUGCAGGUGUUGCUGCUGGUUCCAUUGCAGCGGCAACUGUAAAGACUGGAGGUUUGUUUGCAAUGGCUGCCGGCAAUGCUGCCAUUGGUGGGAUUACUGGAGGGAUUGCAGCCUUAGGAGCAAAGAUGUUUGACAGUUUUGUAGAUAUCAAGCUGUUGAUAUGUGGAAGUGGCAGUGAAGCCCACGCAUUUGCCGGUAUUGCCUCAUCUGUGAAAGGAACAGAUGUUCGAGUUUUUAGUUUAAACCAAGAUGAAGCAGAUUACUGGUUUGCUGCAAUGCAUAAAAACGACCUCAAGGUUACUUUUCAUCGAAAGGGAGAAGAACCAACUUGUAUUACAUCUAGACUUCCGCUAGCAACGAGUAAUCCAGAGGAUGCCAUGCAAGAUAUUGAUAUCGUGGUCUUUGUGCUGCCGGCAUUUGCCCAUCAAGUUCUUCUGUAUACCUUGAAACCUUACUUCAAACCUGGCACAAUAAUAGUCGGCCUACCAGGUACUCCAGGGUUUGAGUACCAGGUACUUCACGUACUGGGUGAAGUAGGACAGCAAUGCACGAUCAUGAAUUUUGAAUCAUCACCCUGGGUCUCCUGUAUCUCUGACUUCAGUGUUGGGUGUGAGGUUCUUGGCACCAAGGAGACCCUAUUGGGAGCCAUCAAGCAAGGAAAAGGUGUUGCUCCCAAGAAAGACCCAGCUUCCACACUACAAUAUCUCCUGGGUCCCCUCCCUAAACUUAACGUCUCUGGUCACCUAUUGGGCGUUCAGUUGAUGAGCGUCAAUGCGUACCUGCACACGUCAAUACUAUAUGGUCAAUGGGAGGGGUGGCAGGGGAAACCAGUUGAUGAACCACCUCUGUUCUACAAUGGCCUAACUGAGCCAACAGCGGACCUGCUGUCCAGUAUAUCAGAUGAGAUUGUAAGCAUCGCCAGGGUCAUUGAGUUGAAGACUGAAGCUGACUUGUCUCAUGUUGUACACAUUCAUCUAUGGCUUGUGCGACGUUAUUCUCAUGACAUCUCAAAUAAGUCGACCCUUUACAAGGCAAUACAGACCAAUGCUGCCUUUCAAGGAAUCAAGCAUCCAGUCAAGACAACUGAAGACGGCAAAUUCUUGCCAGAUUUCACGCACCGCUACAUCACGGAGGAUGUCCCAUAUGGCCUGGUCGUCAUCCGGGGUAUUGCAGAAAUUGUCGGAGUUCAGACGCCGAAUAUUGACAAGGUGCUUACAUGGUGUCAGGAGAAAAUGGGCAAAGAAUAUCUCGUGAACUCAAAACUGCAAGGAAAAGAUGUUGGCUUAUCCACAGCACCGCAGAGAUAUGGAUUCAUAACUCUUGAGUCCAUCUUGUGAAGCUAUCUAAACAUUCGACACGUCCGUAGACCAAGAAAGCAGGAAGUUCAAUAUUGCUUAAAAAGAUAAUAGGCUCUGUUUAGCGCGGAAAUAUGCGAGCAGUUUUCCGAGAAAAUCUGUGAGUAGACUGCUGGCAGUCGAAAUUCAGCAGGGGUCAUGAGGCGAGACGCUAUUGCCUAAAGGGGAAUGGGACGAGACUUGGGCGUGGCACGCACACCAUACCGCCCUUUUGCGUUCGCGUUGGCUAAACACUCACCUAAAUGGCCCUAAGAGAACAAACCGGCUGCCGGCAGUCUAAUCUGUGAGCUAGAAAUGUAGAACACCCGAGGAAUGCCUUAUCUGGACUACACAGGGACGUAAUGGUCUGGCUUCGCUGCCCUGAACUGGGAAUACAAUUUGAUGUGCGUUUGUCCUAAACAUUGCCUGAACCCGUCCUAAUCAAGGUAUGGUUUCACGAUUGCCAACGUUAGGUAUGAUUCAUCCAGUACUCAGUAUCCUUCAGUAUCCUUCAGUUCUAGUCAAGGGGUUCUAGAAUAGCGGGUGUUGGGUGUUCCAGCGUAGGGUAGGUAUUUAACGUUGUAAUUGUCCAAUCAAGCUACCCCCAUCUCCAAAUACAUUACUUGCAAACAAUUUCGGACGCUCGCAUUUGGGACGUUUUAUUUCGGACGUUUUAUUUUAGGACACUUUUAUCUCACUUUGGACAAAUUUCGGACAAAAAUUUCGGACAAUUCGGUAACAUAGCCAACGUAAAUUUACUCCUAAAAACACGUUUUAGACGGGAACAACAUCUGUGAAAAUGAUAGUUUUACUGCACCCUCAGGGUAAGAGAAAUUCUAUCAAGCUGUUACGUAUCUCAAGCAGUGUCAAGUAGAAUUCGCUCCAUAAAGGAAACUAGCCUUUUAGGAACUAUGUAAACAUCUUAUACUGUACUGUAAAUAUUUGGGACGCUAAAAAAAUUUCGGACGGUUUUAUUUUCGGACACCUUUUUGUGCGAAAUUAAAAUCGUCCCAACCUUUUUGCAAGUAAUGAACGUAAAUGUAGCAUAAAAAAAGAAUGAUUCUUUAACUUGCAAGAUUUGUAUGAAACUCAUUGGAAAUAGUUCUUCAAAACCAGCGAAUAGAUCAGGGCCGUAGCAACGCAAUUUUGUCGGGUUGAGAAGGGGUGGAGUCUGGAGGGGUCAGCUUAUCGGCCUGCUAAACCAAAAGGCUCAUAAAGGUAUAGGAGUGGGCAUUUUGGCUUUCUUGAAAGUUACUGUUUAUGUUAGCAAUGUAUGGGAUUUGUAUAGAUAAUAGAUUUCUGUCUGUAAGACCCCAUUGUUCGAUAUGCUAUUUAACAUAAAAGCAUUUGUAUUGAGAUUUGUAGCGUCAAAGAUUACGAAUGGUUGAUGUAAGUCUCAUAGAAAUAAGGAUAAACAACGAAAUAACAUUUAUGAAAAGGGCAUUGCUGCAAUGCAUAUAUAAUGUAUAACCCUAAACCCUUCACUUGGGACAAAUGUAAACUAACAAAUAAUAUAUUAAGCUGUAAAAAUAAAAAGCAACCGGAAUGGAGA